AUGGCCUCACACCGCUGGCCCGUUCUCUUCCUCCUCUGCCUAUCCAUCUCCACACUCUGCGAUGCCUCCAAAUCAGCCCGCAGUCUCUUCCAACCCGUCCAUACCAAGGACCGGCAGAAGUCAGCUUCGCGUGGGAAUUCGAGUAUCGUCGACAUCGCCGCCAGAGACGUCUUCGACCCCUUCGCUACCUCUCUAGAAAAGCGCCAGUACACCUGCCCGUCAGGCUACUCCCUCUGCGCUCUCUCCCGCCGCUGCUGCCCCUCCCCAGCCGACAGCUGCUGCAUAGAUGGAACGUGCGUGAUCGCCGACACAGAAUCCUGCUGUCUAGGCGGGGGCGCCUGCGCCGAAGGCCGAAGCUGCUGCGACGACGGGUGCAUGCCCGACGACGGCAAAUGCUGUCUCAUCGGCGACGGCUACUGCGAGGCCGACGAGCAGUGCUGCUCAAGCGGUUGUGCUCCGGCCGACGGCGAGUGCUGUCUUGUCGAGGGGUACUGUCCUGCCGGGCAGGAGUGCGUUAUUCGUAAUGGGGAGAGGGGGUGUUGUCCGGUUUCGGGGUGUACUUCUAUCGUCGAUGACGAUGAUGACGAUGAGGAGGAGACGUCGAUAACCACGACUUCUUCGUCCUCGUCGUCGUCCAUCUCGACAUACACGCAGGUCAUAUACUGGUAUUACUGGGUGUACUGGUACGUUGAGGUAUGGUGGUAUAUCGAGAUCGAGGUGCAGACGAGCACGCUCUCGCUUACGUCUUCGUCGACGCGGACGUCCUCGACGGCGACUGUGUCGGCUUCGAACUCUGCGGCUGCGGACUCGUUGUUUGACGGUAUUAGCGAGAGCGUUAGUGCUAGUGCGACUACGACACCGGACCUCGAUGAUGUGCCGACGAGGACGACGACGACUACGUCUGGGUCGUCGACGAGAUCUAGCUCUUCGACGGCGACUGAGACUAGUACUGAUGAUGCUGAUGCUGGGGACGAUACUGAUGUGGCGGAAACGAGCACGUCCGACUCAGACAUGGGGCUUACGGUUACUGCUGAGCCGGCGCCGACGGGGGACUCGGGGAGUGAGACUUUCACCCCCGAUGAUGGGGCUGCCGGCUUGAGGGGGUCCAGUCAGGGAAUGUUGGUUGCGGGGGUUGUUGGCUUGGUAUUCGCUUUAAUGGUGGCUCUGUAG